AGAAGUUGUUGCUGGUAGUAGUGUGCCGGGUUGUUUUUGCUAGAAGACGAAGUUUUUGUCUGUUGUUAUCAAAUUAGCAGUAGUAGUUUUGAGGAUGGCUGAUGUUCUGGACAUAGAUAACGCUGAAGAGUUUGAAGUUGAUGACGAAGGCGAUCAGGGAAUAGCACGUCUUAAGGAGAAGGCAAAGAAGAGAAAGGGUCGUGGGUUUGGUAGUGAUAAUUCUGCAAGAGAGGAUAUUAAAGAAUAUGAAAGCAUGGAUGCAGAUGGAGAUGAAGAGCCUGGUCCGCAGAGAUCUGUGGAAGGCUGGAUUUUGUUUGUGACAUCAGUUCAUGAAGAAGCUCAAGAAGAUGAUGUACAUGAUAAAUUUUCUGAAUUUGGAGAAAUAAAGAACAUUCACUUGAACCUUGACAGGCGUACAGGAUACCUGAAGGGCUAUGCAUUAGUGGAAUAUGAAACUUUCAAGGAAGCACAAGCAGCAAGAGAAUCUCUUAAUGGCACCGAGUUUCUUGGACAACAGAUAGGUGUAGAUUGGUGUUUUGUUAAAGGGCCAAAGCGCACGAGGAGAAGCCGCAGGAGGAGAUAAACAUGUUUUGCACUAUAUUUACACACUUCCAUUGUGUUUCUUUUCAUUCUUCAUUGUUUUUUAUCUCAUUUUUAUGUACGAUAGAGGUUCAUAUGAAAGCUCUUGUAAGUUAUUACAUUGAAGGACUAUGAAAUAUUUGGAGAAAAUAAAUAUAGUUUUCCAUUAA